AUUGAAUGCCCUCCAGACAGACAGUCCCUCCCCUCCCUCUCAUACCUUACUUAUCCUUAUCUAUAACUAUUCCAUCCGGAUCGUUGCUCAUAAUGACUCUCAAGAAACCCGAAUCUUCGAAUCUCUUCUACCUCGCACACCUUGCACAUCUUGCACAUCUUGCACAUCUUGCACCCAUCGGUUGAGACAUGACCCUGCUCGCAUCCUCUAUCUCUCGAUCGCUCCCGUACAGCCCCAUGACCUCAUACUCGGAGUUUUUGUCGUGGGAUUCAGAGAUGGUCCAUCUCUUGGACAUUGAUCCCAUGUUAUUUCCACCCUCGUGUUAUGCGGAUCUCGACUCAAUCCCUACUGUCUCCCUCAUGCCACAUCCCCCUUUUGAAGGACAAAUCUCGAACACCAGAACGAUCGACGCCACGCUGAGUCGAUCGGCCUCCCCGAUGAGCAGCCACAACUCCUUCUUAUCGCCUGAAUCCUAUCCCAUCCACGACCUUGGCCAUUGCUCGCCCCUGCCUCAGACCUCCGUUCCGGCAGCCACAGCGCCACCCUCCCAAUCGACGACCACCACACCCCCUCGACGAGGGACCAAGAGAGCACGGUCGCAUUCAUCCACAGAAGACUCCACGGGGAGCGACAAUCUCUCGUCCCAAGACUCAGAGGAGGAGCGCAUCCAGGAGAAACGGCGGCGCAACAAGAUGGCUUCGCGGAGGUUACGCCAGCGACAAGUCGAGCAUGUCUCCGACCUGGAGUCCCGGCUGGGUCGAGUGACUCGCGAGCGUGACGAUCUGCGGUUACAGCUCGCCAAAUGGGAGGCGGAAGUCAUGGUGCUGAGGAAACUCGUCGGACAGAAGAUGGACUGAUGCUAUUGGGGACUGGCUUGAUGAUUUUUGCGGCUUAGUGGAGCGUUCCCACGAGCAUUCUUUUCUGAAUCUUUUAUAUACCCAGGAUUAUAG